AUGUCAUUGCACGACCGCCUUUUGGAAGAAGCCAAGCAGGAUUUGAAGCAGGUGCAGAGAGAGAUGCGGAGGCAGAUGAAGCUGCUGGACCUGCACCUGCAGAAGGUCCACGAGGAGCUACCUGUCAUGCAAAGAAGACUUGACAGGACGUUGAACUCUUCCCAUGAUCGCAAGCUUCUGGCUUCGAUGGAUGUGAAGGGUUUUGACCCCAAGGAGGUCACUGUAACGGUGACAGAUGGGAAGGUGAAGGUGGUAGCGGAGCACAGGGAGGAACACACCACUGCAAGAGGGAAGGAGUACAACUACAGAAAAACCACAAAGGAGCUCAGCCUGCCGCCAGGGGUGAGCGAGGACGAGGUGACCUACUCACUGGGACCCAGCAGCAUUGUGGAGAUCCAAACAGCACGACGGUGCUGCUGCUGUGCCCCGGGGCGCUGCUGA